AUGGCGACGAUCGAGUCGGCGGUACGCUGGCGCCGACAGGAUGACAACGGCAGCGAGAGAUCGACCAGCACGCCCACGCCCACAAAGACGACCAAGACGACGACGGGGACGAGCAAGACAUCCUCAGUAACCGACUUGACUUCAGCGAUUGACUCCGUGUCCGGGUCAAACUCGACACUGCACCAGAGUGUCGUGACUGUCAAUGCUACCCGUUCUGUCAUCAUGACCGUCGUGUCUACUGCCGUCUCCACUGCCAUCCCUGCUGCCUCAACUGUAACGAUGACUGCGACGCCCACCCCAACACCCUCCCUCUCACCACACGACCUCGCGUGGAAGUACAUCUUGGCCCACGAGUCGUGGCCAGAUCACCCAAAGUAUCGCUACAUCUACAUCUUCUGGAUCAUCGUGGGUGGCAUCGCCGCGGUUUACGCCCUCGCACACCACCUGCGCUUAAGUGGAGGUAGUCUCGGGGCCGCCUACAACAAGUGGGGCAUGAAGCGGCACAGUAUUCGUCUGUGGCCUCGUUCUUGGGGGAGGGCAUUUGUCCUUCCCUCCAACUCGUACCUCCUAACUAUUGGAGCCGUCACACUGUCCCUUCUCCUCCUCACUUUACUCGGACCCGACCAUGUACUCGAGACCAAGGGUAUCAUGGAUUUCACCAACAUUGGCAAACGAACUCUGGACGGGUUCGCCGACCUCCAGCGAGAAGCUGCAGGAAUGAAAAUCCGCCGUGCGCCCAAGCCCGACAAUACAGUUGAGGAGCUCACGACCCACGUCAGUUGGCAAGUCGCCAAAUCCACCUGGACACAGGGUAACCGGUGGGGAUUCAUGGCGUUUGCAGCCAUGCCACUCGUCGUUACUCUGGCUCUCAAGUCGUCACCUUUUGGUAUCUUUACCAUGCGCUAUUUCACAGGCUUGCACUGGGACAAGGUCGGCACAUUUCACCGCGCAGGUGGCUGGGUCGUCUGGGGCCUCGUUACCAUCCAUGUGGUUGUGUGGACCGUAAAGUUGUUCGAAGACUACUACGACGGGCGGCCGAUGUGGUUUGCCAUGCUCACAGUCUACCGCUUCCGUUUCGGCAUGACCGCUUACACAGCCAUGACGCUGGCUAUGGCGCUCUCCCUCCGCCCAGUCCGUAAUCGGAGCUACGAGGUAUUCUACUGGUCUCACUGCGUGCUCAUGUUCAUCAUGAUGGUCGGUGCACUUGUGCAUCACUACAGUAUCGCUCACUGGGUUGGUAUUGCGCUAUUCCUCUGGCUCGGCGACCGUCUCUGGCGCGCCGUCCGGUACCGGUACAUCAACGGGCCAGGCCGUGCCAAGACCCAAGCCACGCAAAAGUUUGCACCCAACCUCGCCUCGGCUACGAGCUCGGGCACACUUAUUGACGGGCAUAUCCAGAGUGUCGUCGAUCUCGACCCCGAGAUGUUUCCUAACCCAGUCAACAUCCCUCCAGGCAUGGCGCAUGUCCAGCUCCUUCCCAGCCGGACUGUACGUGUGUCGAUCCGCACCACUCGGCCCAUCAAGUGGCACGCGGGUCAGAGCGUCCUGCUUCAUCUCCCCGAGUUGAGCCAGUUCCAGACCCACCCAUUCACUAUCAGCAACAACGACCCCAACGAAAUCGUCCUCAUCAUCAAGGCGCGUAAAGGUCUCACGCUCCAGCUGUACAACCACGUCCUGGCGCUGAUGGAGGCCCGUGCGGCCCCCACCAAACGCGACAGCCAUGCGUCAUCCAUGUACUCGGACAUGAACAUUCCCCGUCUGAGCCACCUCGACCCUGUGCUCAUCCGCGCUGGCGUCGACGGGCCAAUGGGCAGUGCUGGUCGCGUGCCGUGGCUAUCGUACUCGACCGCUCUUCUCGUAUGUGGCGGCUCGGGCGUGACAUUUGGCUUGGCGAUGACCGACUGGCUCUCGAGCGAGAUGGCGAAGCUCGGAACCCUGCGUCGCGUUCGCUUUGUCUGGAUCGUCCGCGAGUACGCCGAGAUCACAUGGUGCGCCGGCGCCAUGUGUCGUUUCAAGGCUUCGCUUCCCGACCCUGACCGCCUCCAGAUUGAUAUCUACGUAACGAACGGCGAAAAGAGUCGCCCCAUGCCUCCCACACACAGCCGCAACAUGAGCCGGGACACAUUUGCGUCUGUGAAUAAACAUGGGGAAAUGGAGCUUGAGCCGCCCCGCCGUCCAUUUGAUCGCCAGGAUUCAAUCGAGAGCCUUAGCUCAUAUGUCGGUGUCACUGAAGAAGACGGGACAAGUGCGCCCCAACUUGGGUUUUACGAGGGCGUCGACCCCGAAACCCGCGUACAGUACAACGAUGUGAGGUACCUCACCAAUUUUGACGGAGAGAGUGACGUCGAGGAUCCCGGCGAAGACAUCCUUAGCCGUGUCCUCCAACGCGAAGGUCGAGUCCGCCGUGCUCGCUCUCGAAAACUCAAGAAACGGCUUAUCCAACCUACCGAGGAUGUCCCGCUUCCCUCGCCCGAGCACGCGGUUGAACACCUCCACGACCGCGAGUACCCCGACCCCGAGGAAACGGGCACCCCUCGCCCUCGGCCGUCGACGCGCAGAUCAUAUGACCGCGACCGCCCAAUGUCAUCCUCCAGCGUGGAGCGCUACGAUCCGUUCCGCCGUGCCCCAUCGCCCUCACCCAGCGUCGACAACGUCCGCAACACCAUCUAUUCCCUCUCGUCGCGCACACAGAGCAUGGUCCUGCUCCAGGACACCCACGAUGGCAAAGGUCACUCUUGCGCCGGAUGUGGCCGUGCCGGCGCCGAAAACCUGUGGAUCGACGAGGCCGAUUAUGCUGCUGCCUUGAUUUUGUCCGAGAACGCACGGACCGGCCGGCCCAAACUCGCCUCCAUCGUCGAGGAAGAGCUGCACAAUGCUCAAGGAGCAAUGAUCGUCGGAACGUGUGGCCCAGCCGCGCUGGGGACUGCGCUCCGUGCUCUGGUAUCCGACGCUAUCGACCCCAGUAAGCUCCGCAAGGGCGAUUCGCGCGGACACGUCACGCUGUACACUGAGGAUUUUGAGAUGUAG